AUGGGCCCUAAAAAGAGACCAGUUCCCUUAAACGUUGCUCCUACUGGGGUUAAUUUAGAGGCACUUAAGAAAAUACUGGAGGAGCUGGACUUAGAUGAACAGCUAGAAGGCCAAGGACAAAAGCUGAAAGAUGAGGACUUCCAUCGUAUCUGCGAGCUGGAUGUGGGCAAUGGAGGUGUAGUCAGCAUGGAGUGCCACAGACCAUCGGGAAUAAUCAUGGCCACAAAGCUCAUUCAUCGAGACAUUAAACCUGCCAUCGGGAACCAGAUUGUCCGAGCAUAUGGGUGCAACCCUCCCUACACUGUGGGCUUUCACAGCAAUGGAGAGAUCUGCAUGGAGCACGUGGAUGGUGGAUCUGUGGACCAGGUGCUGAAAGAAGCACAGAGGAUCCCAGAAGAGAUUCUGGGCAAAGUCAGCAUUGCUGCCUUGCCUACCUGAGAGAAAAACACCAAAUCAUGCAUAGAGAUGUGACGCCUUCCAACAUGCCGGUGAAUUCACGUGGUGAGAUCAAGUUGUGUGAUUUUGGUGUGAGUGGGCAGCUCAUAGACUCAAUGGCCAAUUCCUUUGUGGAGACGUUAUUCCUAAGGUCGGUAAGUUUUAUGCUAUGAAAACAUGAACUCUUUUCAGAUCUUCACCAUCUCUCUGACCUUUUGAAAGUCACAUCAAUAACCUCAUGUGUAAGAUUUAGGGACAUCUAGUGGCGAAGUUGCAUAUUACAACAAAAUAUGAAUAGUAAUGGUAUCAGAGGUCCUCUCUAGAACCAGUGUUGGAUCUGUCCAUUCUGGGCUACUGAGGAAACAUGGUGGACUCCCAUGGUGGAAGUGGAUCUGCUCCCCAUGUAGAUAUAAAUGGCCCCUUCUAAUGUAGCAAUUCUUAGUUUUAAGUAAUUAUACACUAAUGCAAACAUAACUAUGAAUAUCAUAGUGAAUUUCUGCCAAUAGAUGACACUAAAUCCUACACAAUAGACUUUGCUGUGUACUGUUAAGCCCGAGAGACUCCAGGGACCCCUCUGUUCUGUGCAGUCUGUCGAUCUGUCGCUACCCCAUCCCUCCUCCUGAUACUAAAGAACUGGAGGCCAUAUUUGGACGACCCAUCUUGGACGGUGGUGAGGGAGAGACACACAGCACUUCUCCGCAACCCAGGCAACCGGGUAGACCUGUCAGCAGUCAGCAAGACCAACGCACACACAUCAAUAGAACCUGUGUUUUUACUUCAGUCUUGUUUGACAUGUUGAUAAUAAAACUCUUGAAUCCUAUCCCAGGUCACGGUAGAGUCAUGUCUAUCUUUGAACUCCUGGUCCACAUAGUAAAUGAGGUAAGAAUCUAAGAAUGGAUAAUAAUGGCCCUCUGAUUCAAUUUGGGAUUAACUGUGAUCCUGGCUAAAUCAGGAUGGUGUCCCUCUCUGCUGCUGGUGAUAGGAUCAAAUGUUCAUUCAGCUUUCUACUGUAUUUCAGCCUCCUCCUAAACUACCACAUGGUGUUUUCACCUCUGAAUUCCAGGACUUUGUCACAGAGCGAUGAGAGAGAAUUAUAGCCUGACAACAUUGGUUAGGUGUCCUUUAUUAACAUACACUUAACACUCAACGUUGCUGUUGCUGAUUCAUUAACAUGAAUUAACAUUCAUACUCACUGAAGAGUCAUUGUCAGCACCACAAUCUUUGUUCAUUUCGACCUUUAAAUUUUGAUUGUGCAGUAUAAGGGUUAGGGUUAUUUUAUCUGGGAUUGUUUUGUUGCAGAACCACACGUUUAUCAGCGUUCUGAGGUGGAGGAGGAAGAUUCUGCUGGCUGGCUUUGUAAAACUACGGGGCUGAACCAACCAAGCACUCCCACGUACACUGCAGACUGAACACACAAUCUACUUGCCCUUCACACACUAUGUAAAAACACGGAGAAGCUGCUGCCUAAAACCGUACACAUACACGUCUUGUGUGCCACGUCCUCCUUCAGGUAAACUGUUAAAACCCUGCAGUCAUACAGAUUGUACUAUAUCAAAACUGGAAGAUUCAUCUCUUCUAAUAAUAAUAAAAUAGAUAAAUACAA